CUCCGCACACUACUUACCUAUAUGGACAAAUGUCUGUCUUCCCCUUGUCUGUGAAUCACUCUGGGGCUUAAGUGGGAGAUUGGCAGAUGGACUCAAAGUGAGGCAGCAGCGGGUGUGCCCAGAGACAGAAACUUAGAUACUGAGGGAGGUUUUACCUUGAAAACUUGAGUUCAGGUGCUUACAGCAUUCAGUGGGAGCUUUGUAGCUCACAGUGGAGCCUAAAGCUGGGACUUCAGCACCUAAACCCAGGAUUUAGGAAUUGUCUGCACUUGAAAUGCAGAGCAGGCUUUAAGACUGUGAGCAUUGGGGUUUGGCACCAAUCUUCCUCCCAGAGUGCUGCCCAAAUCCAGCUUCCAGGCAGCUAAUCAAAGGCACUUGCAGCACCAGGGGAAGCAGUGUUGAAGCCGGUUUUGGCCAGCUCAGGGCUUUGCAAGCCCAGUGGGUCUGUCUGUCCGUGGAACUCUCUUAGAGAACUUCAAACUUCUUCAGUCACUGCCUGCGAUCUAAACAUGUGUGCACAGGGAUUCCUCAAGUUGGUGCUGCUGCUGACUGCUUCACUUCUAACUCUGCUGCCUGCCAUUCCUCAAACUUUCUCCCUAUCCCUGCGGAGUGGCUCCCGCAGCGCCUCCUCAUGUAGACUGUCCCGUGCUGAAUCGGAACGCAGGUGUCGUGUCCCAGGGGGAAAGUUGUGCAGCGGCAGAGGCCAAUGUGACUGCGGUGUCUGCAUCUGCCAAGUGACUGAGCCGGGCAAAUACUACGGUCCGCUGUGUGAGUGCCACGAGUGGGUGUGUGAGACUUAUGAUGGCGAGACUUGUGCAGGCCAUGGAAAGUGUGACUGUGGGAAAUGCAAAUGUGAUGAAGGCUGGUAUGGUGACGCUUGUCAGUACCCAACUACUUGCAACCUUACACGGAAGAAGAGCAAUGAAAUGUGUAAGAAUUCUCAAGAUAUUAUCUGUUCUAAUGCAGGCGUAUGCCAAUGUGGCAGAUGCAAGUGUGAGAAUUCAGAAGGGAAUGGACUCAUCUAUGGUAAAUUUUGUGAGUGUGAUGACCGAGAAUGCAUAGAUGAUGAAACAGGCGAGAUCUGUACAGGCCAUGGAAAGUGUUACUGUGGAAACUGUUACUGUGAGGCUGGUUGGCAUGGAGAUAAAUGUGAAUUCCAGUGUGACAUCACCCCAUGGGAGAUCAAGAAAAGAUGCACAUCUCCAGAUGGCAAAAUCUGCAGCAACAGAGGCACAUGUGUAUGUGGUGAAUGCACAUGCCAUGAUGUGGAUCCAACUGGUGACUGGGGAGAUAUUCAUGGAGAUACCUGUGAGUGUGAUGAAAGAAAUUGCAAGGCAGUGUAUGACAGAUAUUCUGAUGACUUCUGUUCAGGUCACGGACAGUGUAAUUGUGGAAGAUGUGAUUGUAAAAAAGGAUGGACUGGAAAGAAGUGUGAACAUCCACGUUCUUGUCCGUUGUCAGCUGAGGACAGCUCUAAGAAAUGCCAAGGAAGCUCUAAUUUACCUUGUUCCGGAAGAGGGAAAUGUGAAUGUGGCCAGUGCACUUGUUUCCCUCCAGGAGAUAACAGAGUUCAUGGUAAAACCUGUGAAUGUGAUGAUCGACAGUGUGAAGAUAUGGAUGGCAAUGUCUGUGGGGGCCACGGCCUCUGUUCUUGCGGUCGAUGUGUUUGCGAGGAUGGAUGGUUUGGACAGUUGUGUCAACAUCCAAGAAAGUGCAACAUGACAGAAGAUGAGAGCAAAAGCUUUUGUGAAUCAGCCAAUGGUGUAUUGUGCUCGGGAAAGGGUUCCUGUCACUGUGGAAAGUGCAUCUGUUCCCCCCAGGAAUGGUACAUUUCAGGGGAAUUUUGUGAAUGUGAUGACAGAGACUGCGACAAACAUGAUGGGCUCAUUUGCACAGGCAAUGGUAUAUGUAGCUGUGGAAACUGUGAAUGCUGGGAAGGAUGGAAUGGGAAUGCUUGUGAAAUCUGGCUUGGGACAGAAUACCCUUAAUCAGAACAUGGAGCAUCAAGGACUGCGGGGUUUGGUUUGGUUUUUUAGGCUGCUAGAACAAUUAAAUGCAAAGCAAACCACAUAGAAUAAC